AAACCCCAUAUUUUCUCCAUUAUUACUGCCACUACAAGUCUUCCUUUUCAACAAUGGCUGCUACCGACAAUGUCAACACCAGCAACAAUAACUCAGUUACCAAACCCUCACUUUACCUUCAAGACACAAACGAAGUCCAAAAAGUGUUCCAACGCUUCGACACUAACGGCGACGGCAUGAUCUCAGCCGAAGAGCUUUCUGGCGUCAUUAACGCCCUUGGAUCUGACACAUCUCCCGAGGAAGCCGCUCGUAUGAUGGACGAAAUUGAUUCCGACAGAGACGGUUUCAUUAGCCUCCAGGAAUUUGCAGAGUUCUGUAAGGGCGGAGGUGACGGUGGCGUUAAGGAGCUGCGUGAAGCUUUUGAUCUCUACGAUCAGGACAGUAACGGCUUGAUCUCAGCCGUUGAGCUUCACAAGAUCCUCACUCGUUUGGGUGAAAGCUGCUCUGUUGAGGAUUGUACGACAAUGAUAAAUUCAUUUGAUUCCGAUGGUGACGGUUAUGUUAACUUUGACGAGUUUAAGAAGAUGAUGACCAACAACAAAUAGCCAAACAGGCCCUAGGUUUUCUUAUCGUUACUCUCUGUUUUAGCGGCUGAUAAAGGUGAGGUGCAUGGGAUUAUUGUGCUCCCCUCAUAGGGUAUAGUUUCUACCUCUUAACUGAUGAUAGAUGGAGAAACGUUAGUAGUACUGAACUUGUUAGGUUGACGCCGUUAGUUCACUUGAUCCGAUGUUAAUGAAAUUUAGUUUGUAUCUCUA